AUGUCACAUUCCGGGUUCCAACCGAGCAGUUCCACAGCGACUCCUGCAUCGGACACACCGCUAGCCGAGCACAGUUCGCCUAAUCUCAACCCAGCUACCAGUCUGCUGUCGGAUCCAGCCACUUCUCAAAAGUACAAACGAAACUACCGGGCGUGUCUCAAUUGUCGAGUCCGCAAAGUAAAAUGCGACUUGGGUCCCGUGGAUAACCCGCACGAUGGCAAGUGUGCUCGCUGCUUGCGAGAACGCAAGGAUUGCGUGUUUGUCAGGAGCAAAAGAGGCGGGAGCAGCAAUGUGAUUAAUGGGAAAAGGAAAAAGACGAGGCUUGACGAAGGCGCUGAAAGUUAUUCUAGUGAAGGCGGUGGUGAAGUUGAUGAGACUAGUCAUCAUCACCAUCAUCACAACAACAAAGAGACUCAUGCGGGGGCCGAUUUGGGCAGUUCGGGUGGUGUUUCUCAAAUUAGUCAAAGUCACCGCAGCGCAUCUAGCUACUCGCUUCCUGGGGUCAACAGCAUCUUCAGUGAUGAACUGCAGCGCCAUCGACACAGCGAAGCACUAGUGGGCGACUCCUUUCAUGCACAACACAGACCCCCGCCCAACUUGCCUAGAACUUCUCUUCAAGAACAACAGCAGCAACAGCUUCAACAGCAACAGAAAAACCAAAACACUCCCACGAGUAACUUUGCAACCAUGGAAGGUGCAUUGGUUUUCUUGGCUAGCGCGGCAGGCACAAUUGCCAAAGCAGAUGAGAGAGACCAUAUCGACGCGAGAGCCAAAUACGAGCAGAUCGAAGCUAUAUCCGGAAGCAACAGUAACCAUGCAAGUGCCGACAAUCGUGAGGGCUAUAGCGAGAGCUCUGGAAGGGCAGCACAACAACCACCGCCACCGCCACCACCACCACCACCUUUGCCUUCAACUCGGAAUCAGUUGUCCUUUACCGGAAAUUCUACACAUGGCCACUUUGGCUCCACCAGGGGAAUACUGUCACCUCAACACCGGCCGCCAUUACGAACAGCAAAUAGUGCAGGUGCAGGUGCAGGUGCUAGUGGAAGUAACUCCAGUAUUCCACCCUAUAUGGAUCCCACCAGUUCCAAAAGGAUGACCAUGCCCGCGGCUGAGAGUGGACAUUCGGUUCGACCCAAAGCAUCCACUAAACUAUCCAACAUUGACUAUAUCGGCCCUGCUCCUAAUGGCAUCUUGACCGAAGAAGAAGCAGAGAGACUAAUCAACUUGUUCUUCACAACCAUGCACCCUUUUUUCCCGCACAUUCCCAAAUUUCUUCACUCGCUGAAAGUGCUAGCGGGGUAUCCCAUCUUGCUAUGCGCCAUCUUGACGAUUUCUGCCAGGUACCACCCGUUUGAAAAUAACACCAGUAGCAAUACAGGAGGCACUGUGCCUCGGCAUAUUGAAGUCCACGAUCGAUUGUGGUUGUAUGUGCAGAGGUUGAUUUCACAAACGGUUUGGGCUGAAGCGAGCACGAGGUCGAUUGGAACGAUAUUCGCGUUUUUGUUGUUUACAGAGUGGAAUCCAAGAGCCAUCCAUUGGAGAUGGUCUGAUUAUGCCAACAGGGCCGAGGAAAAUGAGAGUGAAGUGCCAGUCCAGGGAGGACCAGCAGCAACGGCAGGGGGAGCAGGAGUAGCAGGAGGAGCAGGAGGAGCAGGAGGAGCAACAGCAGCUACUGGUGGACUGGUAGUUGGUGAGACCUCGGCGGUAAACACUUCUUCCGGACAGUCCAAUCUUGCUGGCCUUGGUGCCAUGAGGCGAAGCCAUCGAAUGGCGUGGAUGUUGAUAGGCAGUGCUGUUCGACUAGCGCAGGAUAUGGGGUUUAUGGAAAUGAGCAAUAAAGUUUUGAUUGCCACGCACAUUGCUGAGAUCAAUUGCGUGAUGGACAUUUCGCGACGGUCAAUGCUUGCCCACUCGCUAUCUGAAAUUGAGUUUGAGGAGGAUGAAAUUACCGAGGAGGCCAUGGAAUUGGUUGAAGAAGAUGAAGACGACGAUUACAACAUUAUGAAAUUGAGCGAAGAGGAAUUGAAGAAAAUCGCUAUUGAGUACAAGUUCAAAUUCACUAGGGCUCAGAAGGCCCAGAUUGAGCUAUUGCAGAUUAUGUCCCUUGGGCAUGAGUCGUUUUAUGGAUACAAGACCCAGCUUGGGCAGCUAUCUCAGAGACAAAAUUUAUCCGUUUUAAACAUCAUCAGCCCCUUGAUCAACAACUGGAACCGAAAAUAUAAGCAGUUUCUCAUCCCCACUUCGAGUAAAAUUGCCAAACAAGUAACGAGCAACUUCAUAACCCAAUUUACCAAACCGAGCAAGACCACGAAUGAUAUCCGGGACGCAAUCAAACAGGAGUCGUUCAUCUUUGAGUUUAAUUACGUGAAACUUUACAUCUAUUCGCUUGCAUUGAGCCCCUCGCCCAAGAAACAGUCGUCGUCAAAUACGAGAACCACGUUGAAGUUGGACGAGAUGUCAAAGUCGGCAAAGUUUAUCGAGCAGGCGUUCAAUGCAGCUAACGAGAUGUUGAAUGCCGCGCAUCGGAUCCACAAGUUCAAGAUGCUUCGAUUUAUGCCCGUGCGGUGGCUAACGAGAAUGGUUCGUGCCGUGGCAUUUAUUGUCAAGUGCUAUUUAACCAUCACCGCGCACAAGAAUGAGUCAUCGCAGAGUAAGCUCGGCUCGUCUUUUAUCUUUGCUGGCAAAGUGGGCGAGAUAUACGACCCCACUAUUUUAUCGUUUAGCUUGAUUAGUGUUGACGACAUUGCCCAGUCUAUCCAUCGCGCGGCAUUGACUUUGCGGGACUGUUCACCGGACGAAUUGCACUUGUGCACGCGGUACUCCAACGUGUUGAUGUAUUUAUAUUCGGAGAUGAAGAGCGGCAAGAAACAAGAGAAUGAUGAGGCUGAAGUGCGCGAGAUGGGGAAAGCUGAAGUUUAUGAGGCCAGGCGAGACCGUGAUGGAAGUGUUCGUGAAAGUCACGCUCCGGGCGAUCUGCAACUACGUGACUCGAGCCGAGUUCAAGUUAAGCCUGGCUACGAUAUUCACAGGCAUGGCGCGCCGCUCCGUCACACAACACAUAUACCCCAGCAACCUCAUCAAGUGCAUCAACCUCACCAAACUCACCACACUCAUCAUUUGCAACCACACCAACCACAACCACCACCACCACCACCACAACAACCACAACCACCACAUCAAAACCACCAUCAAUUUCAAAUCAAUACAGGUCCAGCAUAUAGCCAGAGCCCGCCGCAGUCUCAACUUCACCACCUCACACCCUCAAAGGAAGACUCAUUUCCAUAUGGACCUUAUUUCAAACACCCCACGAGUGAACCCACGUCCGCGUCGCUUGCAGGGUACGACAUCACCACCCCCGUCGCCGUCGCCACGACGUUCAUGUCCGCCAACUCAAGCAUGAACUCCAACUUGAGCUCGAACUCGAACACGCAUGCGAGUACGAGUGUGAAUGCCAAUGCGCGUGCUGCGGAUGGCGCCUAUUCUAGCGAUGCUGCGAGCGCACGCACCCAUGGCGAAGCAUCCAAUACGCCCUCACUGAACAUUUUCGGCGAUGCUAGCGGCGGCAGCAACAAUGCGUCAUCUGCUUCGGAUUUGAACCCAGCUGAAACCAUCGGCAGCAGCAGCAGUAGUAGCAAUGGAGCAGGAGCAGGAGGAGGAGGAGAAGGAGGAGGAGGAGGGAUUGGGGAUAGUGAGGUUAUGGACUGGUUCAUGAAUAACAGGACCAUUGGGUUGGAUUUCGUUGCUCCGUGGACCGAGAUGAUUGAACAACAGUUGAACUUGAAUGAUCAAUUUACGUUAUAG